AUGUGGACAGAUGCCCAGAAAGACCUCGACAUACAGCUCCAGAGAGAAAGAGAAGAGUUCCUCCAGCCAGAGAAGGACAGAGUGAAAGUAUUCAAGAUGUUAGCCGCUUCCUACAUCAAAUACAUGCAAAUCUUCCGUAACUUGGAGACGGCCCACGACCAACUCUUUCACCGGCAGAAACGGACAGUGAUUCGGCAAGUGCUGGAUGGCGUGACUGGCCGGAUCCUGGAGAUGAAAAAAGAGAUGGUGGGGCUGGAGAACUCGGAGUUUCAGUACAUUGAUAAUAUCCUGGAAGAUCUAAAGCUUCUCCCGGAAGACAUAGAAGUACCUAUCCCAAGGUAUUUCAUUAAAGAAAAGCUGGAAGUCCUGCAGCAGAGGGAGAAAAUGCUUGAUCAGAUUUUGCUUAAUGCUGGAUUACAAACACUGGAAGUAAAAAAACCUGUCAAGGCCAUGACUUUUGAAGAAGCCAUUAAAAUGAUCCAGGUUGCGGAACGGGCUCGCCAAGGCCGUUGUCGAGCAGCAUUCAUGAAGCAAAUUUACCUUGAAGAGAAGAGAGAAAGACAAGCUAAACUUCAGGUCCAGAUGGGUCCAAAUCCAGAUGAUGCUGCCACUUGCAUUCAAAAGGUUUGGCAUGGAUAUAUCCAGCGCAAGAAAACAGAGAAAAUGAGAGAAGAGGAAAUGAUAUUUCUGGGGAUGAGCCUACCUCCUCACUUAAAGGCAACUAGUAUUUCACAGAUGCGUGCUAGGCAAAUAAAUGCCCCGCAAGGUGAGGUCCAGGAGAGACACGAGGAGGUAUUCAUCAAAGACAAGCUGAGAGAAACGGAGGGGCUCGACAUCAGGGAAACUCUCCAGGAUCAGAUUGGCCAGUGUUUCAUCGAGUGCCGGCAUAUCAUAGGCAAGUUUCCUGACUAUCCUACUGAAGAGGCAGGAGGUUCAAUUGCUCUUCUUUCUCAAAAAACUCCAGAGCAGGAAGAGGAGGAAGGCUGGAAAAUGGCUCCCAGUAAUUUCCUUUCAAUAAUGGAGGAAGGAAACAGUCAAUACAAAGACAUUUGGCAGAACAGAGACAAGGGAUGGGAUUUUCUCCAGGAUCAUGACCCAGAGCUGAUCAAAGAAGAGAAACGGGAAGAAGUGGAGGAAGAGAUCAGAGUGCAGGUUGAUAAAUUGAUGCAACAGAAACUGGAGAAUCUCAAAUUGGCUGUGGAUGGAGAAAAGAGUGACAAACAGAAAAAGGGAAGAAAAAGUGAAAAGAUAGCAGAGAUGGAAGAAGAUCUAACUCCUGACAGGACCAUCGAUUCUCUGUACAGAGAACUAGUGGAAGAAGGAUUACUAAUAAAAGCCAAGACUGUGAAUCUCUCCGAUUAUGUUGGCGAGUACAGCUAUCUGGGGACCACACUUCGUCAGGUAGAUAGAGAGCCAAUGCCCUCUCUCGCAGAUGUCAGACAGCUAAUAGCGCUGUAUGGAAUAUUGCCAUUAGGUUCCCAAACAGUCCAUGAGAAGGCUCCUUUGGUGAAAGCUUUGUUACUAGCUGGACCUGCUGGUGUUGGAAAGAAAAUGUUGGUCCAUGCCAUCUGCACAGAAACAGGAGCCAACCUCUUCAACUUAUCUGCUUCCAACAUUGCUGGGAAAUACCCAGGCAAAAAUGGCCUGCAAAUGAUGCUCCACAUGGUUCUCAAGGUGGCUAAACAAUUGCAGCCUUCAGUCGUGUGGAUUGGAGACACAGAAAAAAUAUUUGCUAAAGCAGUGCCGAAGGCUGAAGAGAUGAACCCAAAACGACUGGAAAAGGUCCUCCCCAAAUUCCUUAAGGCUUUGAAAGCACAGGACAGAGUGCUGCUGGUGGGAACCACCAACCGUCCCUUCGACGCUAAUCUUAAACCUUUCUGCAAAGUAUACCAAAAAAUUAUUCUGAUUCCUAGGCCUGACUACGCUUCAAGAUUUGUGUUAUGGAAACACAUCAUCCUGCAGAACGGUGGAGCGAUCACUGACUUGCUGAACAUAAGCUGCCUCGCAAAGGUGUCUGAUGGUUUCACCCAGGGACACAUCAUCCAGGCAGUGCAAGCUGUCCUGAGCGAGCUACGCCUCCUUCAGAUGACCAGAAAGCCACUGAGGACUGCCGAGUUCGUGACUUCUCUGGCCAGACAGGACCCCGUGUACAAAGAGGAGGAAGAAACAUUUAAGGCAUGGUACGCUAAGACACCGCUGGGUAGAGCGCAGAUCAGAGCACUGGCAAACAACCUGCUUUGGCUUCGUCUAAAUCUGGUCAAGUUUAAGUAG